AUGACAAGUUUUUCAACUAAAUUUUAGCUAGCUGAAGGAAAAGUAAAGAAAUUCAAUCCAAGCAGAUAUCAACACAGUGUCAAAAUUGGAGAAGGGAGCUAUGGAAUGGUCUACAAAGCAUUCGAUAGUUAGUAGAAGAAGUAAGUUGCACUGAAAAAGGUUAAGCUAGAUGAUAAAGAUAGCAAAGAAGGAUUGCCUCAUUAUAUUCUUAGAGAAAUCUCAAUUAUGAGUGGGACUUCAUCUCAUAAGAAUAUCAUAAAGCUCCAAGACAUAUUCUGGGAUGAAAAAGGAUUCAUACUUUAGAUGGAGUAUGCUGAUAAAGGGGACUUACUUAGACUAUUCACACAAGCAGAUGGAAAGUUAAGCUUCACUUAAAUUAGGAAUCUUUUUAGAGAGAUUUUGCAAGGAGUGCAAAUGACAUCUUCAAUUCAGAGUCUUUGGUAUCGUGCGCCAGAAGCUCUGCUGGGAAAUUCAUUUUACUCGUCAGCUGUCGACUGUUGGUCUCUGGGUAUAAUACUACAUGAACUUAUCCACAAGACUCCCAUGUAUCCUGGUACCUGUGAGAUAGAUACAAUUAUUAGGAUAUUCAGGCAUCAGGGAACUCCUUAGUUUGAUAAGAUCUUGAACAUAGAAAAUUAUACCUAUAUCACCAAGGAUUUCGAGAUAAAGUUCCCCAAAUUUGAGAGUUCUAAGACUUUUCCAAAUCAAAGAAGAGACAAGGUACCAGAAAAUUUGUUAAAAAUUGUAAGUGGAAUGACUACUAUUGAUCCAAUGAAAAGAAUGUCUUGUUAAGAAGCUUUGGAAAUACUUGGAGAAAAGUGA